AUGAACAGUAGCGGGUUUAUGCUAUUUCAGCACCAGAACAGUCUCGAUGCGUCUUUUGCGAACCUGAACUUCGGGGAUGGCAGCGCGGUGGGCCAGGGAGAGGCAGCGGGGAAUUCAUUCAUGGGCGGCAACGGCCACCCGGGCAAUAGCGUGGUGAGCGCGCCGUCGCCGAUGGCGAGCUACGCGCAGCAGCGCGAGCCGCAGCGCGAGCAGAAACAGACGCCGAAGCAGCAGCGCGAGCAGAAGCAAGUGGCGAAACACUUCCACGGGCACCACCACCAGCAUUCCAAGGGCAGCACGAGCAGCCUGGAGCAGGCGAUGGGUGGGGGUACGUCGUACUGGAACACGGACUCGUCGGCGACCUCGUCGAUCGUAUCCAUCGAUCCAGGGGUCGCCGCUGGCGGGUCGACGGCGGGAACGCUGACCACAGCGAGUAUUAUGGACGGUCAUACGGCCAAGUCAUCUUCCGGGUUCAGCACGACGUUUGCCACGACGUCGAGCCAGCAAUCUAAUCCCUCCCACGGCUCGCUGGAGUCGAUGGAGUCGCUGCGACUGGAGCUGCAGUUGAAAGAGACACAGAUAGAGUCUCUGGAAGACGAGAUCACCAAGUUGAAAAGCAUAUUUAACCAAGGCCUGACUUUUAAGCAGCAGGAGCAGCAGCUGCAGAAGCGCAAACUACACCAGCACGCCCUAGAUCUCGAUCACAUGCCGGUUGAGAUACCCGCCAAUCUGGAAAUCAUAUUUAACAAGCUGGCCACCUCACUGAAGCGCAAGGACGAGGAGCUGGAGGAUACGCGGAAGCGACUUGAGAGCAUUAUGACCGCCAUCGCCUUAAAUCCCUCUAAUUCCGUUACCCGAUUCGGCCGUUAUGACGAAGAAGCCCUCGCUCACAAGAUGAUUGUCCGACUCGAAAUGUUGACAAAAGAGAACCAGGAGAUGGCGAAACUGCUCAGCUAUGGAAGAUCGAAGGAAACGCAUAUUGAAUUGGAACUACUAAAGAAAGUCAAUAGAGAUUUACAGCGCAAGGUUGAGCAGCUCGAGAAGCAAUUGGCAAACAGUGGCAACGGGAAGUGA